CGCCGCCGCCGCCGCCGCGCGCCGCUCCGUGCCGGCCGGAGGUGGGCGAAAGGGUGCGAGUGCGCGGGGGAGGAGCCGAGGCGGGCGCGUCCCAGGAGCGCCGCCGCCGCCCCCAGGAGUCGGCUGGAGCGAGGAGCCCCCUGCAGGGGAGGAGGCGAGCGGCGGGCGGGACGCGGCGGCGGGCGCGCACCAUGCAGUCCCGGCGGGGCCAGCGCCGACUGUUCGCGGUGCCGUGAGGCGGCGGGUCCUCCCGGCCGCCGCGCCGCCUCCCUCUCGCCUAGGUGCUGCAGGCGCGUUCGCCCUUCGUGCGGCUCCGGGACCCCGGUGGAGGAACGCACGGCCUGCCCCUGCCUUGCCCCGCCCGGAUCAUGCGGGGGGCCCCGGACGAGGAGAGGGCGAGUGACGGGCCUGCGGCGAUCGCGUUCCGGGGGCGACCCCCUCUUUGAGACGCCCCCACCUGCUGCCAUGUGCCGCCUCCUCGUCUACCCAGCCUAGCGCCAAACUUUCCAGGUGCCAGCUUGGCUCUGAAUCGCGUUUCUGAGCCGAGUGUCCCAGGGACGGAGGACCCAGCCCGGCUGUGGAAUAGCUGCUCCUUUCCGGAUCCGCGGAGAGUACUUUCCCUGGAAUCGGAGCCCUAACUGCCCCUCCCAAACCCGCUCCGGAGAAGAGCUGAGCGCGGAGGGAGGCAGCGCCUUCCCGAAACAGUUUGUCUCGGGGCACGGAUUUCUGGAAGAGAAAAAGAACCAACAGGUUGCCAGCCCCGGCGCUGCACACCAGUCGGCGGAGAGGGAAGCCCGGUCCCCGGCUCCCCCUGCCUGCGUUGGCCCCGCGCGGGGCUGUGCGAGGCGAGGGGAGGGAGGGGGCUAUGGCUCGGCCUGACCCUUCUGCGCCGCCCUCGCUGCUGCUGCUGCUGCUGGCGCAGCUGGCAGGCCGAGCGGUGGCCGCCUCGAAGGCCCCGGUGUGCCAGAAAAUCACGGUGCCCAUGUGCCGCGGCAUAGGCUACAACCUGACGCACAUGCCCAACCAGUUCAACCACGACACCCAGGAGGAGGCGGGCCUGGAGGUGCACCAGUUCUGGCCGCUGGUGGAGAUCCACUGCUCUCCGGACCUGCUCUUCUUCCUCUGCUCCAUGUACACGCCCAUCUGCCUGCCGGACUAUCACAAGCCCCUGCCGCCCUGCCGCUCCGUGUGCGAGCGCGCCAAAGCCGGCUGCUCGCCGCUCAUGCGCCAGUAUGGCUUCGCGUGGCCCGAGCGCAUGAGCUGUGACCGCCUCCCCGUGCUGGGGCGCGACGCCGAGGUCCUGUGCAUGGAUUACAAUCGCAGCGAGGCCACCACGGUGCCUCCUAGGCUCUUCCCCGCCAAGCCCACCCUCCCAGGCCCGCCGGGGGCACCCUCCUCGGGAGGCGAGUGCGCCGCCGGGGGCCCGUCGGUGUGCAAGUGCCGGGAACCCUUCGUGCCCAUUCUGAAGGAGUCGCACCCGCUCUACAACAAGGUGCGGACGGGCCAGGUGCCCAACUGUGCGGUGCCCUGCUACCAGCCCUCCUUCAGCCCCGACGAGCGCACGUUCGCCACCUUCUGGAUCGGCCUGUGGUCUGUGCUGUGCUUCAUCUCCACCUCCACCACCGUGGCUACCUUCCUGAUAGACAUGGAACGCUUCCGCUACCCCGAGCGCCCCAUCAUCUUCCUGUCCGCUUGCUACCUGUGCGUGUCUUUGGGCUUCCUGGUGCGCCUGGUCGUGGGCCACGCCAGUGUCGCCUGCAGCCGUGAGCACAGCCACAUUCACUACGAGACGACGGGCCCGGCGCUCUGCACCGUGGUCUUCCUGCUGGUCUACUUCUUCGGCAUGGCCAGCUCCAUCUGGUGGGUCAUCCUGUCGCUCACCUGGUUCCUGGCGGCCGGCAUGAAGUGGGGCAACGAGGCCAUCGCAGGCUAUGCGCAGUACUUCCACCUGGCGGCGUGGCUCAUCCCCAGUGUCAAGUCCAUCACCGCGCUGGCACUGAGCUCCGUGGACGGGGACCCAGUGGCUGGCAUCUGCUAUGUGGGCAACCAGAACCUGAAUUCGCUGCGCGGCUUCGUGCUGGGCCCUCUGGUGCUCUACCUGCUGGUGGGCACGCUCUUCCUCCUGGCAGGCUUCGUGUCCCUCUUCCGCAUCCGCAGCGUCAUCAAGCAGGGGGGCACGAAGACGGACAAGCUGGAGAAGCUCAUGAUCCGCAUCGGCAUCUUCACGCUGCUCUACACCGUGCCCGCCAGCAUCGUGGUGGCCUGCUACCUGUACGAGCAGCACUAUCGCGAGAGCUGGGAGGCCGCGCUCACCUGCGCCUGCCCGGGCCCCGACACCGGCCAGCCGCGCGCCAAGCCGGAGUACUGGGUGCUCAUGCUCAAGUACUUCAUGUGCCUGGUGGUGGGCAUCACCUCCGGCGUCUGGAUUUGGUCCAGCAAGACCGUGGAGUCGUGGCGGCGAUUCACCAGCCGCUGCUGCUGCCGCCGGCGACGGGGCCACAAGAGCGGGGGCGCCACAGCCGCCCGGGACUACGCCGAGGCCAGCGCGGCGCUCACUGGCAGGACCGGGCCACCGGGCCCCGCCGCAGCCGCCUACCACAAGCAGGUGUCCCUGUCGCACGUGUAGGAGGCCGCGGCCUGGAGUGAGGGGGAGGGGUGUUUUGUUUGGAAGCUUUGCCAAGGUCACUUCCGUUUACCUUCCUGGUGCUGACGCCCCCUCCUGGGCCAAGUGGGAGAGAGGGGGAAAGGGCCCUGUCAACGGAGUGGCUGUCCCAGGACUUCUCAGAGGGGCUCAGCUCACGUGUAUUCUGUGUUACGUUUCUUGCUGCCUUCUUUUAAGAGAACUCUGUUUUUAAUUUAAUAUGUAUUUUUCUUAAUUUUUUAACUUUGUUGCAUUUUGGCAACAAAAUUUACCUUUGCUUUGGGGGCUUUACAAUCCUAACAUUGGCAUUAUCAUGAAGUUCCACUUGAGGUUUCUUUGAACUGUGUGGUCUGAAUUGGAAAAAUAUAUUUCCUAUUAUUUGUGUC